AUGUCGGAAACUGAAGUAGUGGUCAAACACCGCUCCAAGUCUAUCCAACAUAUCAAGUCGUUUCCCCUUGUCAAACAAGCCCAUGGGUUCGUUGUAAAACUCCCAGCGACACGGGUUAUUGUGGCCAACACAAAACCAGUUUACAAGGUUGUUGUAAACUCAAAGCCCGCUCAGUGGGUUGCCCCUGUCACCAGAGCAGUUGACAACCUAGCAGACAAAGGCUUGGAAACUACCGAAAACCUGGUACCAUGCUUAAAGACUAAGACGUAUGGUGAUCUUUACGAAGAUGCGGCGGCACCAUUUGUGUGUACAAGAAACACGGUUGUGAAGGUUGCAACUGCAGCUAUUGAUGCGGCUGACAACUACGUCUAUGAGCCUACUCAUCAACAGGUCAUCAAAUUUAGAAAAUUCUACAAUGCCAAGAUCUAUGACACGCAUGGAAAGCCGUUGCUAAGAAGUUCGCUUGACCCACUCGUUGCACCUUACAACAAGAAACUAGAGGAAUUGACAAAACACCGUUACCCAGAGGGCGAAGAUGUCCCUACCAGCGGAUACAGCAGCGAAAUAUCGCGUACUUUGGCUUUGACUCAUAAUCUGUUGCAUCGGAUGUCACCAGUGGCUCAGACAAGACUGGUUAAUUUUGUAUUGUUGCCAUGCAGAUAUACACAGCAUGUAAACGACGUUUUCAACGAAAACCUGGACAAGCAGGAGAGUUUGAGCGUGACCAACUCUUGGACUGCAUCCAUCGGUGCCAUCUCAGUCUUGCACAAGGAAAGUAUUGAAUACGUGAAAAGGGUUAGAGGGAAAGCUCAUAAAACCAUUCACGAAAGUGAAGUCACAGUGGCAGCUGUCUGA